CACCACUGCGCAUGUGCCAGAGCGUCUGGCUCACCGCCGCGGCCCAGCCCCAGGGAGCCGGAAGGAGCCUGCGCCGCCUCGAGCCACGUGACCGCCACUCACGCGCUACGUCACUCGCACUCAGCCCGGCAGCCCCUCCCCGUGUGGGAGUUCCUCUGGGAAGGCCAAUCUUCCGGGUGUAGGGGGAAGCGGCGUGACUGGAGUGGAAAAUUUUCCCAACACAACUUCUCAGAGGCAACAUAUUGGAAGGGACUCAAGAAGACCAGGGUAGAAAUGAAAGCGGCUGACAGAAACUCCUUUUCCUGCUGACUCUGGGCCCCGCGCCUUGCCGCGAGCCCGCAUUACCUCUUCGCCUGCUGGUUUUGGUACGGUCCUUGGAGUACGGAGCCAGCAGAGGGUCCCACGCUGGAGGGGAGAGAGGAGGACAGAACAUUCUUCACAAUCCAAAAGAAAAAGAAGAUUCGUUCGGGAUGUUUGACGGCUAUGAUAGCUGCAGUGAGGACACAAGUAGCAGCUCCAGCUCCGAAGAGAGUGAAGAAGAAGUUGCUCCUUUACCUUCCAAUCUCCCAAUUAUCAAAAAUAAUGGACAAGUCUACACAUACCCAGAUGGUAAAUCUGGCAUGGCGACCUGUGAGAUGUGUGGGAUGGUCGGUGUACGAGACGCUUUUUACUCUAAAACAAAACGUUUCUGCAGUGUUUCUUGUUCAAGAAGUUACUCGUCGAACUCUAAGAAGGCAAGCAUUUUGGCCAGACUUCAGGUAACGGGUAAGCCUCCAACAAAGAAAGCAAAAGUCCUUCAGAAACAACCUUUAGUUGCUAAAUUAGCUGCCUAUGCUCAGUAUCAAGCUACCUUGCAAAAUCAAGCAAAGACAAAAGCAGCAGUCUCCGUGGAAGGCUUCAGCUGGGGUAACUACAUCAACAGCAAUAGCUUCAUAGCAGCUCCAGUUGCUUGUUUUAAGCAUGCACCUAUGGGGACCUGCUGGGGUGAUAUCUCAGAAAAUGUAAGGAUAGAAGUUCCCAAUACAGACUGCAGUCUACCUACCAAAGUCUUCUGGAUUGCUGGAAUUAUAAAAUUAGCAGGUUAUAAUGCCCUUUUGAGAUAUGAAGGAUUUGAAAAUGAUUCUUCUCUGGACUUCUGGUGCAAUAUAUGUGGGUCUGAUAUUCAUCCAGUUGGUUGGUGUGCAGCCAGUGGAAAACCUCUCGUUCCUCCUAGAACUGUUCAGCACAAAUACACAAACUGGAAAGCUUUUCUAGUAAAGAGACUCACUGGUGCCAAAACGCUUCCUCCCGAUUUCUCACAAAAGGUUUCAGAGAGUAUGCAGUACCCUUUCAAGCCUUGCAUGAGAGUGGAAGUAGUCGACAAGAGGCAUCUGUGUCGGACAAGAGUGGCAGUGGUGGAAAGUGUAAUUGGAGGAAGAUUAAGGUUAGUGUAUGAAGAGAGUGAAGAUAGAACGGAUGACUUCUGGUGCCACAUGCACAGCCCCUUAAUCCACCAUAUCGGAUGGUCUCGAAGCAUAGGCCAUCGAUUCAAAAGAUCUGAUAUUACAAAGAAACAGGAUGGACAUUUUGAUACACCACCACAUUUAUUUGCUAAGGUAAAAGAAGUAGACCAGAGUGGAGAAUGGUUCAAAGAAGGAAUGAAAUUGGAGGCUAUAGACCCAUUAAAUCUUUCGACAAUAUGUGUUGCAACCAUUAGAAAGGUGCUGGCUGAUGGGUUCCUGAUGAUUGGGAUCGAUGGCUCAGAAGCAGCAGAUGGAUCUGACUGGUUCUGUUAUCAUGCAACCUCUCCUUCUAUUUUCCCUGUGGGUUUCUGUGAAAUUAAUACGAUAGAACUGACUCCACCCAGAGGUUACACAAAGCUUCCUUUUAAAUGGUUUGACUACCUCAGGGAAACCGGCUCCAUUGCAGCACCAGUAAAACUAUUUAAUAAGGAUGUUCCAAAUCACGGAUUUCGUGUAGGAAUGAAAUUAGAAGCUGUAGAUCUCAUGGAGCCACGUUUAAUAUGUGUAGCUACAGUUACGCGAAUUAUUCAUCGUCUCUUGAGGAUACAUUUUGAUGGAUGGGAAGAAGAGUAUGAUCAGUGGGUAGACUGUGAGUCCCCUGACCUCUAUCCUGUAGGGUGGUGUCAAUUAACUGGAUAUCAACUACAGCCUCCAGCAUCACAGUCAUCAAGAGAAAGCCAGUCAGCUUCUUCAAAACAGAAGAAAAAGGCUAAGUCCCAGCAAUACAAAGGACAUAAGAAAAUGACCACGUCACAGCUGAAGGAGGAGCUGCUAGAUGGAGAGGAUUAUAGCUUCCUCCAAGGAGCAUCUGACCAAGAAAGCAAUGGCUCUGCCACCUUCUACAUCAAACAAGAGCCAUGAGGUGGCUCAGAAACUAGGAGUGGAAGGGACUGUUUUACAGGACAGAUUUGUCGUCAUCCAGCUGUACAGCAGGCUAUUCUACUGGGACAUUUUGCUAAAUACAGAAAAGUUCAGUUCCAGAUUUUUCAGGUGGGGGGGGAAACUAUUUUGGUGGGGAGGGAAUUUUUCAAUUUAUAAAGAUGGACGAUUUUUGUGUUGUAUUUGAAGCUUUUGAAAGAAUUUUGUAAUAUUUUCCAAGUUUGGAUUUAUGUGCAUUGUUAACAAGAACUGAAAUUCUAACUUUUUUGGUAAGAUUAAAGUUUAGGUAGCAGGAUUGAAGGAAAUGAUUAAGAAGGAUAUAGCUGUAAAUGCGAAUGAACUGUCAUUACAAAUGAACCUUCUUGGUACCUGUUGGGAGAUUUUUGAAUUUUAGAGUUAGGCCAGUCACAUCUCCAGCUUCCUUUGCUGCAGAAAUAUGCAACUGAACCCCUCACAGAGGGCUCAUCACCACGUAGAUCAUGGAAGGGGUCAUUAACUGUGCUCGCUGAUACUUUAUCGCAGCCCAUUUAAAUGUUUGUACAGAAAUUUUUUCAUUCUGCUAAAAUUUAUUUGGAGUUGUAUAUGAAACUAGAACUCUGGAUACUUUUAUAUGCUCUCCUUCAAGUAAAAAUGAUAAAGUUUCUAACACUAGAGUGUUAAACUGGAAUGGUUGACAGAUACCAGGAUCUCAGUCUACAUAAGGGGUCAGGGAAAAUUAAUAUUUUCCCAAGUUUAUUCUAUUUUCCUUGCUAAAGAAUAAAGAACAUCCCAUGAAAAAGAUAUUCUUAUCAAACCUCUGCCAUUUCCCUCCAUCUGAGAGCAACUUGAUUGCUGUAACCACCCCUGAAAGCAGAUGUUCUGUAUUACCAAUAGAAUCAGAUAAAAAAAAAAAUUGUUUAGAUUUCAGAUCAUUCCAGUUCCACUUUGAACUGUCCUGGAUUUGUUAGAAACUUACUGAAAGAAAACUUUAAUUUUAAAAUUCCAUAUACACACACAUAUUGACUUAUCUUUAAUUGUAGGCAGAAUUUAUUUUAACAAUAACUGAUUUUGACCAUUUUAAACAUUCCCUAUUUUAAAAUUCAUGUGACUUCCUUUAAAAAAUAGGAUAAAAGGGUAAAUUGGUGAAAGGUUUGCUCUCUGCAUUUUUCUACCCUUCUACCGAGUUGUGACUGAAUGAGCGCUCUAGAAUUUACCAGUGAGGUUCAUAAACUAAACUCUCAGGAAUUCAUUGCAUCUGUUCUAGAAGUGCUUCUGGGUCUGAGCCUGGCCUCUUCAGAGUGGUAAUACUGCCCAUCUCCUCUGGAAAAUAGGCAGGGCUAAUGAGAAGUUAAUCAAAAUGAUUAACCUCUGCAGCCCUACAGCCUAUGGAAUGCUUUAAAAAACGCUAAUGGAAAACCCCAGGAGACAUUUUAGGUGAGAUUUUUGUUUGACUUUUAAAUGCAUAGAACGUUAAAAACCAGCAAUUUAUUUUCUAAAAUAUUGCUCUACUUUUGGGAAUAAUAGCAUUGGUAAUACGCACAGGUUUACCUCAUUCUAUGCAAGAGGGGUUAAUAACGUAAGGUUUUGUAGUAGCUACUGGAAGUAAAAUGUGUUACUUUAUAGUGUAAAAAUGUAUGGAAUCGCAUGUCACCAUUUCUUAAUACUGACUCUGGGGGCUAAAUGCAGAUCACAUCAAUGCAAGUCGAAUCUCGUGUCAAAUAUAUGUGAAUUCAGCUGUAAAAUUACUGGAUAUUUAUCUUAAACAAGAUUGCUGAGGGGGACCUACUGUAAAUGUGACAUCCUCGCACUUCCCAGAUCUUUGAAGGAUCUUCCCAGGAACUUAAAACCUAGAAGAGGUCCAAAGCAAAUGUUAUAGUCUUUAUUCUCAGGCUCAGUGGAUUAAAUCCAGGACUGUGCUUCCAUGGUAGCAGCACAAGAAGCCUGUUGUAUGGGGUGCGCUCCUCAUAGCUUAGGUGUAGGAGUUCUCCAAGGAAGGAACUGUAAGCCAGGAAAGAUGUGAUUUCAUGCCAGCCAGUCCUGGUAAUUAGUUCUGUGAAAUGCUUAUUUGUAGCCAGGUUCUACAAGCUUCCAAUUCUACACCAAAACCAGGCUUGGCGUGUUUAGAAUCCCCACCUAUAUUCAUUAAGUGUUAUGUUCACCAAGAGUGAGGGUUGUUAGGACUUGUUAGUCUAAACACAACCCAGAGCCCUCUUUUUGUUAAGACCCUCACUCCUGCUGCUAACAAAGAAUGUUAACCAGAGGAGACUUCCAUUGUAGCCAUAAUUACUGUUUGUCAUACAGCUCAGUACCCCUGUUCUCUUUCAAAGUUUAAAAUGUACUGCUGACCUUGGGUUUGUUUUUGUUUUCCUGUUAGGAGCCUGGGAACUUUUAGUAGUUUAAACUUUUUAACCUUUUCCUUGCUGUGUAUGAGGAAAGCUAAAGCUGUUAUCAACUUUUUAUUCUGCGGAUACUAACACGGGUUUUCAGUGUUUGUUUGUUUUUAUUAUUAUUAAUUUUGUGUGAUGUGAAUACCCUCGCCCAUCAAUAUUUGUAUUAUGGUGCUAUAUAUUUGGUAAUGAUCCUUUAAUAUUGGGGAGGGAUUUUAAAAAUACUGUGAUUAAACUGGGUAUCUUCCUUUGAUUUUCAUAUUUUAAAUAAAGCCACAGUCAUUUAUACAAAAUAAAAUAAAAAUGCAUCUGUCCCUGGGCAACUUUUCAAGGACAGAGGCCAAAGUAAAGUACAUAAGGUUUUUACAUCAUUUCUGUGUGCGUUUGAUAUAUAGAUCAAUAUCUGGACAAAUUUAAUCUUUUAUUUUCUGGUAACUUGUGAUCACUGAGGAAGUGUUUGAAGCUUUCUCAUGAAAUGUACAUAGCGUGAAAAAUCCCUUCAGAGAAAUUUAUGUUCCUUUCAUUUUUACCAAACUGCAAAUUUUCAGCAUGGAUGUGAAAAGCAUUAAAAUUAUAACUUUGUGUACAAGAUGAAAAUAAUUCACUAAA